AUGCCAAGAUCAAAACGUUCCAAGCUAGUUACUUUAGCACAAACCGAUAAGAAAGGUAGAGAAAACAAAGAAAGAAUUUUUGAUGAGGUGAGGGAAGCAUUAGACACUUACAGAUACGCUUGGGUCUUGCAUCUGGACGACGUAAGAACUCCAGUUUUGCAAGAAAUUAGAACAUCUUGGGCAGGUUCUAAGUUGAUCAUGGGUAAGAGAAAGGUUUUGCAAAAGGCAUUGGGUGAAAAGAGAGAAGAAGAAUACAAAGAGAACUUAUAUCAAUUGACUAAACUUUGUGGUGGUGUUACUGGUUUAUUGUUCACUAACGAAGACGUAAAUACUGUCAAGGAAUAUUUUGAAUCAUACGCUCGUUCAGACUAUUCAAGACCGAACUCCAAGGCUCCAUUAACAUUCACCAUUCCUGAAGGCAUCAUUUACUCACGUGGUGGUCAAAUCCCAGUUGAAGAAGAUGUCCCAAUGAUCCAUUCUUUGGAGCCAACUAUGAGAAACAAAUUCGAAAUUCCAACUAAAAUCAAAGCCGGUAAGAUUACCAUUGACAGCCCAUAUCUGGUUUGUACAAAAGACGAAAAAUUGGAUGUUCGUCAAGCUUUAAUAUUGAAGCAAUUCGGUAUCGCUGCUUCUGAAUUCAAAGUCAAAGUUUCUGCUUACUAUGACAAUGAUUCUUCUACUGUUGAAAACACUAACAUCAACAUGGAAUAA